AUGGUGCUGAGUGACGGCUGCUCACCCAAGCACUGCACCUGCUACCCUCCGCCCCCGGCCCCCUCCGCCUCCGGACUUCUUCGGACACCCCAGAGGCUUGCUCAGGGAACCGGAGAAGGUAGAAAGUCCAAGGUCCUGCCAUCAGGGACCCAGGUCCAGCCCCGCUCCCACCAGUUCAAGUGCCAAGUGCACCCGAGGCACUUGAAUGCUGAGAUCCUGAGGGUAGACGUCGGGUUGGGACGGCAGACCCGGGGGCCACUGCAUACCCUCUCAGAGAGGAAGCUCAACCCAGUGAAGUGCAUUGGCAGGUGUGUGGGCAUGGGGCACAUUAGUGCGUGUGAGGCAGACUCCGCCGUGGCCUCCCAGGGCCCCCUCCCCCUGGAUAAACCAGAUCAGUUGCCCCCCACCUUCCUCCAGGGUAGAAACGGGGAGUCUGCUGCCUGGAAUGUUCAGGGCCAAGCGCCAAGCCUCCCGGCCCCCAGCAUAGAGCCCCAGCCCCUGGCAUGGCCACACCAUGACACAGGAGCGACUCAGGAGUCCCCGAGAGUUUCGAGGGGUAACCUGGGAAACCCAUGGAGCAGUGAGAGUGGGUUGCUGAGCCUGCGACAGUCCAGCCAGGGGAAAUGCAAGGAAAGUGACACCAGCCUGUUGAGCAGCGGGUACGCAGGCGAUGAGGAGAACAGUGAGGUCAGCCUGGUGGGCAACACUCCAAUCUUAAGGUUGCCGAGAAGGCUCCACACCCAGGCAGGCAGCGCCCCAAGCAGCCAGCUGUGUACCAUCUACUCGCCCAGCCAAACCAGAAGGCGGGCGGCCGGCCAAGCCCACGGCAGCAGGCAGGCUGGAGGGGAAAAGCAAGGCCAGCCUGCCCAGCAGCAGCCUCAGCAGCAGGGCCAGCAGCCUGACCAGCAUGAGCUUCAUCAGCCUGGGCAGCAGUGCCCUGAACUAUCAGGUGAGUAG